AUGUGCAACGUGUUCCGCACAGUCAUGGCCACGUCACCAGACGACCUGCUGCCCAUCGUGUACCUCGCGGCCAAUCGCGUCGCGCCACCUCACGAGGGCGUGGAGCUGGGGAUUGGCGAUGCGACUAUCAUCCGUGCUCUGGCUGAGGCGACUGGGAGGAAAGAGGCAGUGGUGAAAUCGGAGUACAAGGAGUGUGGCGACCUGGGGCUGGUGGCAAAGGCCAGUCGAACCACACAACGCAUGAUGAUGCAACCGGCGCCACUCACGUGCCACAAGGUGUUUGAAGCCUUCCGAUUCAUUGCCAAGGAGUCGGGCAGUCAGAGUGUAGAGAAGAAGCGGGCGCGCAUAAAGCAGCUGCUGGUGUCGGCGCGGCAGCAGGAGCCGCAGUUCAUAGUGCGCCUGCUGCAGGGCAAGAUGCGCAUUGGACUCGCAGAACAGACGGUGCUUGCCGCCCUGGCCCAGGCCGCUGUCAUGCACGAGGAUUUCCGAGAGGGCGCUGGGGGUGCUGGUGAUGAUAAGGAGGGUGGGAAUAAGGAUGGUGUUGGUGGCAAGGCUGGGGAUGGUGCUUCUGUGGCUAUGGAGGGAGGGGGGGAUGCGGGGAUGGAGGGAGAGGGUGAGGGGAAAGGACCGGGGCAGGAGGGUCAGGGAAAGGAGGUGCUUUCGAAGAGGGAGAAAUUGGCUCGACUGCCGGGAAGACUAGAAGAGGCAGUGCGCAUCAUGAAGCAUGCGUACUCAGUCCUCCCAGUGUACGACCAAGUUGUUCCAUCCCUCCUAAAAGACGGCAUCUGGGCCGUGCCCCAGGCAUGUCAGUUCACCCUGGGAGUGCCGGUGGGGCCCAUGCUGGCGAAGCCCACGCGGGGGAUAUCGGAGAUUCUGGAUAAGCUGCAGGGACUCACUUUCACCUGCGAGUAUAAGUACGACGGGGAGAGGACGCAGGUGCAUGGCUUAGCGGACGGCACAGUGCAGAUCUACAGCCGCAAUGCAGAGUGCACCACGGGCAAGUUCCCAGACCUCGUGCAGGCCGUUCAGAAGCACAAGAAGGCUCACCUACAGACGUUCGUGUUGGAUGCAGAGGCGGUGGCAUACGACAGGGAGAGUGACAAGAUUCUGCCCUUCCAGGUGCUCAGCACGCGCGCGAGGAAGGGCGUCAUCGUGAGCGACAUUAAAGUGCAGGUGUGCAUGUUCGCCUUUGAUCUGCUCUACCUCAACGGCCAGCAGCUGCUCACAGAGAACCUCGCACGCCGGAGAGAGCUAUUGCUGGAGUCGUUUGAGCCAGCCAAGGGAGAGUUCCAGUUCGCCACAUCCAUCACGACCAACAAGGAGGAGGAGCUGCAGGCGUUUUUUGACGACGCUGUCAACCACAGCUGCGAGGGCGCCAUGGUGAAGACCCUGGACGUGGAUGCAACAUACGAGCCGGCCAAGAGGAGCAACAACUGGCUCAAGCUCAAGAAGGACUACAUGGAAGGUCUGGGCGACUCCUUGGACCUCGUGCCCAUCGGGGCCUUCCACGGCCGUGGCAAGCGAACAGGAGUGUUUGGGGCCUUCCUCCUGGCGUGCUACGAUCCCGACACGGAGGAGUACCAGUCCAUCUGCAAGAUCGGCACCGGCUUCUCUGAAGCAGCGCUGGAGGAGCGCUCUGCAUCGCUGCGCAAGCGAGUCAUUGACAAGCCGCCUGCCUACUACCGCUACGGGGAGACACUAGGAGUGGAGGUGUGGUUCGAGCCGUCAGAGGUGUGGGAGGUUCGGGCGGCAGAUUUGUCCAUUAGUCCUGUGCACCGGGCGGCAGUGGGCCACGUGAAUGAGACGAAAGGGAUUGCGCUGCGCUUCCCCCGGUUCCUGAGGCUGCGAGAUGAUAAGAGCGCAGAGCAAGCUACGUCCAGUGAACAGGUUGCUCAGAUGUACAACGCACAGAAGAUCAACCACGCAGGCGGCAGGGGCAAAGACGAUUAA